AUGGGGCCGGGCCCUUCCCCGCUGCGGCCGCGGUUCAUCACCCCGGGGCGGCUGCGCAGGUCGGCGUUCGUCCGGAAGGGGAGGUCGGCGUCCAUGAGCGCCGGCACGGCCCUCGGCCUUAUAUCGUCCUCCCCCGACCGCCGGAGAGCCAAGUCGAGCGCCACCAGGCCGUACCGCCUGCCGCUCUCGGCGGCGGCGCUGGAGGCGGCGUCCCUGGCGGUGGGGCUGGCCACCGCGCUGGGGUACGCGCCGCCGCCGGUGGCGACGGAGUCCGACCGGGGCAUCACGGUCCGCGCCGUCUACCGGGCCGCCGAGCUGCUGUACAGCAGGCACGCGCUCGGGCUGAGGUGGUCGAAGGGCGCCCUGGUGGUGGCCAAGACGGCGGCGGCGGCGAACGCCGCCGAGAUGAGCACGGCGGCGGCGGCGGCGGCGGUGGCGGUGGCCGCGAGGCGAAGGGGCAAGGGGAAGAGCAAGGGGAAGAGGAAGAAGGGCGGCGGAGCGGCGGCGGCGGUGGCAAACGGGGCUGCUUCCGCCAAAUGGAAGUGGGGGGGCGCGAAUGGGAUGGGGUCGGCGGCACCUAGCCCUCGCGGGAACGACAAGGCUGCUGCUGCCGCCGCCGCCGCGGCAAGGGCAGCGGCGGCAAGCGACAACGCCCCGCAGCCGUCGCUCCGGCGCCUGAACUCGAACGGGGAGCUCGAGGACGUGGAGGCGCCGGGCGAAGCCGCCUCCGACCAGGGGAUGAUGACGAUAGAGAUACCGUUGCCGUCGCCCAGCGAGGGGGAGGAGGAGGAGAUGGAGGCGGCGCUGCUCACGACGGCGCGGGCGUCGAAAGGUAGGCUCGAGAUCAGAGCGGUGGCCUCGCCUCGAGUGAGGCCGUCCGCGGCCCAGGCGGCGCCGAGGAUGGUGCCGCCGUCUCCCCGACCGGUGCCGCCGGGGAAAGCAUGGCCGAAGUUACCGGCGGCGGCGGCGGCGGCGGCGGAAGAGGUUGCUGAUGGCGCGGGGGAUGGACGCUCCUCCAAGGGGGGGGGGGGAGGAGCGGCGGGUAACCAGGGCGAUCCGGCAGAAGAGGACGGCGCGGCGGUGGCGUGGACUUGGGGGGGCGGGGAUGCGGGUGCGAGGGACAAGAAGGUCGGCGGGAAGACGCCGCUACCGUCGGACCUGAGGCAGCUCUCCAGGGUGAUUCACGCGCGGCUCAAUGAGGAGUCGUCAGCGUGCAUGAAGGCUUGGUCGGCGUUCGCGAAGUCGACCUUCGAAUGCGGCCGGCGAGACCUGAUCGCGUUAAGGGAGGAGUGGGUGCGGGACACGACGCGCGCUUGGAGUGGCCAGUGCCUUGAAAUCACGCCGCAAGACGGUGUCGACCUGGUGCGUCUAAACCAGACAUUGCUCGACCCGGACGGCUUCCUGCCUCUCCGGGCUAAGGCGGGGGUCCGUCUCAAGCGUCGCGCUUCGCCAACUCGUGGCGGCGCCGGCGCCGGCGGCCGCAUCCGCUCUCGUCGCCGGAGGGAACGAGAAGAGAAGGCAGCGGCUGGGGCUAGCGGCGGCCGGGGGAACCGGGGGGGUCUCUCGAACGGCAUCGCCCGCCUGAAGGCCAUGUCGACUUCUUCGGGAACGUGGUCCGACGCGAAGGUGUACGGCGCGGCGGCGGCGGCGAUACCCUCCUCGUGGUCUACGUCCGUCACCCCGAAGGGCCAGUCGACCGCCGCCACCACGUCGCCGUGGGGAACGGUGUCGACCUGGGUCAACGGGACGACGCCGCAGCGGGCGGAGCAGCAGGGGUGGCUGUCAAGGAUAGCCUCAGGCGGCGGCGGCGGCGGCGGCGGCGGCGGGAGCGCCGUUAGCUCCCCGACGGGUUCGUCGAGUAGCUUCACCUUCAGCGGGGCGUCGACAGCGGAGCCGUCGCCGGUCCUCCGACCGGGGAUGUUCAUGCACUUCCCCCCGCCGCCGCAGAGCCUGCUCCCGGUGUUCGACCGGGAUCUGCACGGCUUCGACUCUGCCGCCCGCGACCUGGACGACAGGUGGGGGGAGCUGCCCUUCUUGGUGGUGGAGUCCUGGGGGGGGUCGGGGGAGGAGCCGAAGACGGAUCUCCCUCCUCAAGAACCAGCACCGUUAUCCCCGAUGCAAGGCGGCGACGAGUUCCGGCUGUUCCAAGAGAUAGCCUCGAACUCUUUGCACCGCAAGAAGCCGGCGGCGGCGGCGGCGGCGGCGGCGGCUUCCGGAUCAGCGCCGCUGGUCAACGGGAAGGCAUCAACAGCGAGCGGCGGCGGCGGCGGCGGCGGUGCCAACGGUACCAGCAGCGCGAAUGGGGGGAGCGCGAACACGGGCAUGAGCAGCCGCAUCCAGGUGAAGAUGGCGUCGUCGAGCGGCUACGCGCCGAGCGACGAGGACUCCUCGCCGGCCUUGGCCAAGAGCACGGGGAAGCCGACGAGGCACCAGCGAGGGCCAAAGUACUACACGGCCAGGCGCCGGCCGCCGUCGCGGGCGCCGAGUCUCCCCUCCAGCGGCUCCGCCGCUGCCGGCGGCGGCGGCGGCGGCGAUGGCGGAGCCGCGCUCUCCUCUACCGCCGGCUACUCCUCCUCGGACGACGUUUGGAGCGGCGGCGACAGCAACAAGGACGGCCGCCAGCAGGAGGCGAACGGCGGGGACGACAAGAAGAGGACCAGGCGCAACGAGAUCCAGAGGAGGAUGUGGGGGAAGCGGCCCUCCUGGACGGGGGCGCUGAUCGAGCCCACCGCUGCCGCGGCCACCGCCGCCGCUGCCGCCGCCUCCGUGCCCGGGGCGACGGCGAGGGAAGGGGCGGGGGCGUCGGCGGCGCCCCGGACAGAGUCCGGGCUGAACCACCUCAUCGUCCUCGUCCAUGGCUUGGGGGGAAGGCCGGCGGACAUGGCCUUGAUCCGGAGCUACCUGCAGACGCUCAUGCCUGGCGCCGAGUUGAUGGUGGCCUCCUCGCUCCAGGGCGUGCGGAAGGACAACCUCGGCGUGGAGGCGAUGGGAAAGUUGCUCGCGGAAGAGGUUCACAACCACGUCACCAGGUUCUGCCCCUACCUGGAGAACGCCUUCGUGCCCGUUCCCGCCCCUGGCGGGCCCACGCCGAACGCGGGGUCCGUGCCCCUCUCGCCGGUUACCCCUAUCCGUCCCCGACGCCGACGAGCCGACUCCGCCAACCUGGCGUCGACGGCGGUGUGCGCGCCGCCCGGGUCCGCGGCGGCGGCUCGCACGAUCAGCGAGGAGCUCAGGGCCGGGAUGGGCACGCCGACGAGGCCUCCGAAGGGGGGGCGGGGUGGGACCGGCGGCGGCGGCGGCGGCGGCGGUGGUGUUCCUCAGAGCAAGGGGAUGUUGAGUUUCGUCUGCUUUUCCUUGGGAGGGUUGGUGGCUCGGAGCGCGCUGCUGGAGCCGGCGAUGGUCCCUUACCUCACGAGCAUGCAGUGCUUCGUUACGCUCGCGUGUCCGCACUUGGGGCAAACGUCGACGCCCCUCUCCUUCUUCAAGACCGGGGCUUGGGCAGUGCGAAAGCUGACGGGGCUCCAAGUGUUGCACGAGCUGGACCUCGACGAUGCUGACGACCCUCGGGAGACAGCCCUAUAUCGACUCAGCCUGUCCCCGGGCCUGGAAAGGUUCAGGACGAUCGUGUUUGCCGCAAACCCGAGGGACGGUUUCGUGCCGCUCCACUCGGCCUCCGUCCGCACGCCCCCCGAAGGCGACGCCGGGGGCAGCAGCGCCGGACACACCUCGGCCGUCUCGGCGGAGAUGGCGGAGAUGCUCAUGUCCAAGUCGCAAGGCGCGCUGGACACGGUGAUCGGGCGGGCGGGGCACAUGUGCUUCAUCGAGUCCUCGCAGGUGGCGUGGCUCGUGUCGCUGGCGCUGCUGCCUUUCCUGGAGGAGAGCGCCGAUCGUUCGGCGGCGAGGUAG